UCAGCACCACGUUAGGAACAGUUGCUUUUCGCCAGCCAGGUCAAAGGUUCAUCAUCCCUUCCGAUGGUUUUGUCUCCCUUUCCCAAACCCUAGAAAUAUCUUCCUUUCAGAACCCCCACAGAUUUCCAUGGACACACGCAUUCACAUUCGUCUCCGAAGUCUGAAUCAACGAGCUAUUUGAAUCUCUACUUUUUUUUUCUGAAAAAUUGAAGAGGGAGGGGAGGGGGAGGAGAAGAAGAAAAAAAGGAACCUUUUUUGAUGAUUUUUCCUGUUCUCGUCGGGUCAAAGCAAUGAAUCCGGAUCCGGAUCUAAUCCACUACGCCUGCAUCGCCAAGGGCACAACCGUACUAGCGGAAUUCAACUCCAAGGACGCCGCCCUCGGCGCAAUCGCGGCCAAAUGCCUCGCCGAAGCGCCGCCGUUCCACGCCACCUUCACCCACACCGUCCGGUCGAAGACCUACGCGUUCCUGAUCGACGACCCCGUCGUCUACUUCGCGAUCUUCGACGAGAGAUUGGAGAAAUCCGAGGGUUUGGCGUUUUUGAGGAGCGUGAGGGACGCGUUCGCUGGGGUUUCCAAGGGUGAGAAGAGUUUGGAGAGUUUGAGUUCUCAUUGCUAUCAGGGUGAAUUCAAUCCGGUUUUCCGUCACUUGUUAGGGUCGGGUCGGGUCCAUAUGGACGGAAUCGGAUCUCCCAGAGGGCAGAGAUUGGGCGAAAAUGGUGUCCUGCAAUAUGGUUCGGGUCCGUUAAGGGGGAGGCCGAAGCCCAAUUCGGAGAAGGAGUUGAAGAAGAUGAAGAGCAGGUUGCUUGGGGAAUUCAAUUUCGGAAGAAGAAACGGGGUGAAGAAGGAGGAGAACGACGAAUGCAGUGGUGGGGGAAAUGGAAGCGGAAGCGGAUCGAGCGGCGAAUUAUCGAUCAGCAACAAGAGUGGGGUUUUGUACUCUGGAGAAUUGUUGGGCCACCAAAAUGCAAAGAAGAUUUGGAAGAAGCAAGUUUGGUUUAUUCUGUCGCUCGAUUUCGUCAUUUGCGUGAUCUUGUUUGUUGUCUGGUUGUGGAUUUGCAGCGGCUUCAAAUGCAUCCGCAGCUGAAUAAACGACUGUGAGCUCCUUCCCAAUCAAUUAUAUGUUAAUUAUUACUCCAUACGAUAUGUUGAAUGCUGAUCGAUCGAUAUAUAUAUAUAGAUGAUGUUUCCUUUUCAUUUAUCGGAAUGCUUUGAAGUUGUGUAUACAUACACAUUACUUACAGAGAAGUCCUGUUGAUGAAAUGGAUCGAAAGAUAUUCCGAGUAUCAUAAAUUAUGUAUAUGACUAUUAUUGUGUUUGUGUGAA